AUGAGUAACCAGGACUCACCAACUAAUCGCCCAAACGGCAGCUACUUAGACGAACUGAUGAAAGAGCUUCAUUCCAUGACGAAUAUAUACGAAUCGAAUAACAUUGCCAAAUUUCGAAACGCUCAAAACCUUCUGAUACGUGAGAUCCAACGCGUUUUGGAUGCUGAACUGCUUUUAAACAAUCUUGGUUCGAGGAUGACUUCAGGAACUCCACGUGUAGAAGCUGGAAGAGAGACAGGACUGCCUUCCAUCGAGUUAUCAAGAAACGGUAACCGCUGGAAGGAAGAAUCGAAGUUUAUGACACCAUCCCCGGCACCAGGGUCCUCGAAAUUUCGUCAGAGUUUCAGUCCUUUAACAUUGUCGUUGAUCGGAGGAGGAGGAGGAAGUUCACCUCACUCGGAAAAGGAAGUUGAUGAAGAUGACGAAGGGAAAAUUGAGAAACGUGACAAACUCUAUUUUCCGGAAGGGACCAAAAAUAAUGCUAACCCAAUUGGACGUCUGAUCGGUCCACGAGGAAUCACUAUUCGUCAAUUGGAGAAAGAUCUUGGAUGCAAGUUGUUCAUUCGUGGGAAAGGUUGUACUAGAGAUGAUGCGAGAGAAGAACGUCUUCGUGGACGUUCAGGAUGGGAACAUCUCGAUGAGCCUAUUCAUGUUGUCAUCACUAUUAAAUCAGACACGGAAAACAAUGCACUCGAAAAAAUAAUGCAUGUCAAACAACAACUUCAGGAUUUUUUGGAAAACAGUAACUCCGAACUGAAGCGUGCUCAACUCAUGCAAUUGGCUGUUAUCGAAGGAACUCUAAAGUGA